GUAUAAAAGGCACGAUGGCGAUCCUCAACUGCCUGCUGGCUCGCCAGCUGUGCUUCGAGGACGCCUCCUGCUCCGCCAUCCUCGAAAUCAUUCCCCGCGUCUGUGGCUCCGAACUUGUGGCUUGCUCUACUGUAACUGUGACGAAGUGCCAGGCUGCCCUGAGGACAUUGCAAGCGUUUCCGUUCUUCAAACCGACUUGUCUCUGUCGAGAGCCGAACGUCGAUCCUGAGUGUAACUCCUUCCGCGACUUCUUGUUCGACCAUCCUUGCGUCUUCGUCUUGAAGAAGGAAAAAGACCCUUACCCCGUUGAGACUCUACCGACCUGCACCUAUGCCCUGAGCGUCUGCCACAGCGAGAAACCCUGCUCUAUCCUCUUUGAAAGGUUCAAGAACGCCUGCAAAGCCCGGGAGGGAGAAUGUCGCAUGGAAGACAGGGAAGCGUGCCGUGAAGCUUGGUCUGGCCUCCGUCUUUCCCCUCUCUUUGGCUGCAUCUGCCCCAACACCCACAUGAAGAAGCGAUGCGACCGUAUCUUCGCCGUCGUCAACCACAACCCCUGCGUCGUAAAGCUGAUGUCCGACGGUUGGCACGCUAAUCGGAACGCGACCCGCGUGACGUCAUGGAUCGGCGGUAUGUCCAUUACUCAAGACGGCAACCUUAUAACACCGGAUAAAAUUAUGACACACGUCCAUCGAUACGCGAGUCCGCACUACCAUCCACAUGGACAUCAUAGUCACCGCUGGAAUCACGAGCCGGGGGGGAGCGAGGACCCCCUCUAUGCCACCAAGACUGUCUACGGCCCUGGAUACAUUGAUGACAACCAGAGGAUUGGGAAAGAGAACGGUAAAUCAGGUGAUGAGAAGGUGGCUCUUCAGUCGACGUGUCACGUUGCGUUGGACACGUGUAUCAAGGACAGCGAAUGCGUGGCAUCACUGACACCGGUGCUGCAGAAGUGCCACUCCACUGAUUGCGACAGGGAAGGAUGUAUGACAGCUCUGCGAGGAUUCUACCGGAAGCCCGGUGUUACCUGGAAUACCGAGAUCGCCUUCUGUCUUUGCAAGAAAACUGACAACAGGGAGGAUUCUUGCAUGAACGCGCAGGAACGUCUUCACCCGUCUUGCGCACAGCGACCUCCUGUCGGUUCUCCUCUUCCCGCUUGCCACACCCUGGCACACAACUGCAGAGAAGACCCAGAGUGCAGAAUCCGUCUGGAAAACUACGAGCAGUGGUGCGCAGUGGACGCAGUAACCCAGGGUUGUGCGGGCUCGCCGGGCGCGUGCCGUGCGGCGGUGGUCGCUGUGUUGGGCACGCAGUUGCGCGCCGCCUGCGCCUGCCGCGGCACCGACUUCGCUCAGCUGUAUGACUGUCUUGGCUGGCAGAGGCUGCUCUGGUUAAACCCGUGUGUCGUUGAAUCUCAACAUGACUACCACGUGAAGACUUAUGGCUCACUGCUGACUACUACGCCCUUUGACAACGGCAUCCGCUAUAUGACUGUGCCGCCCGCACCUGCAGGACCUCGCACCACGCAUCAUCACCGGCACACCACGCAGCACGCGCAGGAACGCUCACAGGAAAACCGUGAAGUUCUCAGUCCUAUGACAACGAUGACCGAGCAGACCGCUUUACCUAACGAAGUCGGACAGAUAUCGGAGCCGAUCGUCGAAACUACCACCGAAACCACAACAGUGGCGACUACUACCACCACCACCACGACCACAACAACAACUACUACCACUACCACACCUAAACCUACUACAACUCUCGAACCAACCAAGUAUUGCAUUGUUAAGAAACCGGAGAGUGAUGAUCAAGCCCAGUAUAUAAAGAUGGGAGAAACAAGGAGGCUAUACAGAUCAGCGGAGCUAGCUGAGUGCACGGACCUGUGCGUGUGCGAGACGUCACUGCAAGUAUCGUGCAAGGUAGCGUGUGUCCCGCGUGCGCCGUGCUCCUCCCGCCUCGCGCACUACUCGCACGCCGCGCCCGCAUACCAAGCGUAUAGGGGCCGCUGCUACUGCUACUCCGGCUCUUUUAUAUGCAUGAGACCUAAUCCUGGAGAGUACAAGCUGCCGGAGGGCGUGUACCUGUUGUUGGGCUUCAGUGCAGUAGACGAGGCGCUGCUGAGGCCACAUACCGGCCUUGGUGCGGAAGACGCAGUGCGCCUGCUGCAGCACUACCUGCACUAUCUACACCCUGAGGACAGUAAUUGCACACUGACUCUGUUCAACAUCAGCAAUGAGAAUGUGAUAAUAUCUGCGAGCGUACCACCGCGACAACAGGAGAUCCUCAGGGAGGCUGGGGAAGAUCUGCUCGAUAAGGAAAAAGAGGCCUGUAUUGAUGUGUUAAAGAUCGUAAAAUCACGAAUUAAUUCUCAACACGAAGACAUCUCUUCUCAUCUUCUACUUUCCAUCUUCAAGAUUGCUGAAGUGGACGUAGUAUAUCCAGCACCUCCAAGCUCCUCAACUAUAAUGAACAAACCUCAAACAUAUAUUUAUAUAUAUAGUGAAAAUGCACAACGCACUCGCUUUAGAUAA